UCUGUUUUGUUGUGGCACAAUUUUUGCGAUUUUUGUUCAAUUCGAUGGAAAAUUGCAUUUAAAUUAAAAAUAAGACUUAUUUUGUUUCUUAUUAUGAUUUCAAGACAAUGUGUGCUACCUUCCGUUUUAAGAUGCCGAGAAACAAACAAGAGCUUUUUCAAUCAACUGUGGUACACCGGUUCGAAGGGGGUGGUGGGCGAACGUUUACACUUGCAUCGAUCGAAGCCGAUGGGGAAGCUGGGGAGCACUUGGAAACAAAGCGAUGAAACAAAACCCAUACCAGCGUACCAAACUGGACCAGAGGAGACAACUACAGACAGCAAGAAGCCUCACCAUUAUCUGUUACUACUCUCGACUGGCUACAGCUCCAGUGCUAUAAGUUCAAGUUUAUCACUUUCACCGGUAAGAUCACUUACGAUCGAGGCACGUCGUCAGUACAGUAGUAGCGGUAGCAACAUUGAAUCACCAGAAUCAGUCAUUGUGAAAGGUUCGCAGACACUCAGAAAACGAAAAAUGGUUGCAAAACUAUCGGAAGACCAGCGCAAAGAAUUACUACAACCGUUGUUUGAUGCAGGUUGGACCCUAGUGAAGGAUCGCGACGCCAUUUAUAAAGAGUAUUUGUUCAAGGACUUCAAUGAAGCUUUUGGCUUUAUGACUCGUGUUGCGCUGAAAGCUGAUAAGAUGGAUCACCAUCCAGAAUGGUUCAAUGUAUACAACAAGGUGCAGGUCACCUUGGCCACGCAUGAUUGCGGCGGGUUAAGUGAGCGGGAUGUCAAACUGGCUAAGUUUCUGGAAGAGGCUGUCGGCAACUUUUAGAUGUACUCAUUCAAUAUAUGUGUAACAAUAAGCAUUAUUAUUCAGUCAAGUAAAAUAUUGCAUAAAAUACAAUUCAGGCCCUA